UGGGAGAAUGAAGAUAUCCUCAAUAGAAACUGUGCAAUAAAUAUACAAAACCAUAUGGUUGAUCUGUUAAAUUUGUCAUCCUAACUUCAUCCAUCUUCCCAACUUCUAAACUAUGUCACUCUCUUUGCAAAAGAUUUGUCUGCUGGUGCUGCUGCUUCUGAUUGUGCUUCAUAAUUCAGAUGGGGAGUUUGAGCAAUGGUGCGUAGCUGAUGAACAGACACCAGACGUCGAGCUGCAGGCAGCCUUGGACUGGGCUUGCGGCAAGGGAGGUGCAGAUUGUAGUAAGAUACAGAGGAAUCAACCUUGCUAUUUACCAAAUACUGUCAAGGACCAUGCUUCUUAUGCCUUUAAUAACUACUACCAGAAGUUCAAGAACAGAGGCGGAACUUGCUACUUCAAUGGUGCUUCCAUUACCACAGAACUUGAUCCAAGUCAUAAUUCUUGCCAUUUCGAGUUUACUGCCUGAAAUUCAAGCCGAUAUAUAAAUGCAAAGCUACCGAAUGGGACUAACCUCGAGUAUACGAAGAUGUUGUAAAUCCAACCCUCGGUUUACUAUUAAUGGUGAUUACUUUCAGUUUUCAGCAUA